ACCGCCCCAACGUAGGCUACGCGCACAGGAGCUUUCAACGUGUUUACCUGAACGGUGACCGAAAAACGGAGCUAACCAAUGCCAUCUGUAACGGUGAAACAUGCAGCCCUCGUCUCCGGAACAGUUACUGCACAAACCGAGAAAAGCAAUCGCCGUCUGACCCCCGAUCUGCGCGCGAGCAGCGAGAGACAUACACGCCGCAGCAAAUGGCAACUUGUGCAGUGAGGAGUUUUUCUAAUGUGUCAGAAGCAGCUUCAGAUUCCGAUGAUGAAGACAAACUCCAUAUUGUGGAGGAGGACAGUAUUCCAGACUCUUGUGAGGAAAAGCCAACAGUAUUCCAGCUCAGCACAGCACAGCAGCUCCACAAUGGACACACAGAGGAUGAUGGUAACUCGGGGCCAGACGCUUCGAUACAGGAAAUACGGGUCAAAGAGGAGUGUGUAAGUGAGGAAGAGGGUGUGGCUGGUCAGGCCAUUCAGACUCGCCGGAAGGGGGGCAGAGGGGUCACGGGGCAACGAGUCACCACGGAAGACCGGAGCACGGCGGAGAGAGGUGUUCCAGAUGAGAACGGUACACCUGAUGAGUUCUCGAAGCUGCACACCUGUCCGUACUGUUCCCGUGGUUACAAGCGUCACACAUCUCUGAAGGAGCACAUCAAGCUGCGGCAUGAGAAGAGCGAUGACGACUUCAGCUGUUCGCUGUGCAGCUACACAUUCACCUAUCGCACACAGCUCGAUCGUCACAUGACCUCCCACAAGAGCGUGCGAGAGCAGCGGACCAUAUCCCAGUCGGGAGGAAACCGGAAGUUUAAGUGUACGGAGUGUCCUAAAGCCUUUAAGUAUAAACAUCACCUGAAGGAACACCUGCGCAUCCACAGUGGUGAGAAGCCGUACGAGUGCUCCAACUGUAAAAAGCGCUUCUCUCACUCCGGCUCCUACAGCUCACACAUCAGCAGUAAGAAGUGUGUAGGCUCGCCCCCUGCUGUCAAUGGCUUGUCUCGCACCCCUGGAGUCAAAGCUGCGCUCACGCUCUCUCGGCCGACCCGUGUACUGCUGCGGGAGAAAGUGGACAACACUCCCCUGCAGGACCCACUGCCUGCCAAGCAGAUUAAACAGGAGUGUGUUGAACAUGAACUCAAACCUCCCCCAGCUACACCUGUGCUGCCCACCAACAACACCAACACCACCUCCUCUCCUGUCACUAAUGCCGGAGGCGGCCAGACGGUCGCGCCGCAGGGCGUGGUUCAGACCUUGGUUCUGCCCACUGUGGGUCUGGUCCAACCAAUCAGUAUCAACCUCAGUGACUUGCAAAAUGUAUUGAAAGUGGCAAUGGAUGGUAGCGUGAUGCAGCAGGUGAACACUGGCGCGACAAUUAGCGGGCCUAUUGCCAACGGGCCCGGCCCUAAGCUUGCUGGCCCGGUUCAGGCUCAACAGGCCCUGGUGAUGCAGGCUGCCCAACCACAGACCCAGAUCAUCUCCGCCAUCUCUCUCCCCAUGCUGGACCAGGACGGAAACACCAAGAUCAUCAUUAACUACAGUAUGGACCCGCAGGUCAGCGCCUCGAAGGUUAGCACAGCAGUACAGCCCUGUCCUGUACCAUCCACCGCCCUGCAGUCCAGCAGGACCUCACCAAAACUGCUGCAGGUCACUGCCACACAGCCAAAUGCCACUACUACCCAAACGCCAAGCACCCCCAAGUCACCACCUACACAGGUGAAGGUCCUCAAACCCAGCCUGGCAGCAAACCCCAGCAAAGCAGCAUCCGUCAUCAAGGUGACCAAGCUGGUCCCAGCUCUCCCUGCCCAGACGAAGCUCACACAGCCAACACUGCUGCUAGUGAGGCGAGCCGACGGGUCACAGAACCUGGUGCUGAGACAGCUGACCGCCGUCAACCCCAACACACAGCCGACCGCCGUCAACCCCAACACACAGCCGACCGCCGUCAACCCCAACACACAGCCGACCGCCGUCAACCCCAACACACAGCUGAUCGCCGUCAACCCCAACACACAGCAGAACGGCGUCAGCUCCAACACACAGCUGACCACCGUCAGCUCCAACACACAGGUUUCUCCAGCCACAAAAAGCAGCACUCUCACCAGGGCAGCUACAGAGAGGAUCAUGAUGGAUGGGGAACAGAGUUCAGCCCUCGAGACGAACCACGAAGACACCAAGCACUCCGGGGAUGACUGCCAACCUGAGGACCUGAGCAUGAUGUCAUCGCAAGGCAUUCAGAUCAAAUCCGAACCCAAAUCUCCUGGUGGGACCGAGUCUGAGAUCCAGGCAGAUGGUGGAGCUUCACCAAGAGAGAGAGACACAGAGAGAGACUCAGAGAGAGAGACACAGAGAGAGGAUGGCCAAGUGGUGGGAAAGACUGUAGCCUCUGACUUGACAACAGCUCACAGCAGCAUUGCAUGUGGGAAUAGUUUCCAUAACUAUGCCACGUGUCUUUUCUGUGACAACAACUCGAGCAGUAUUGACAUCCUGGACUGCCUCAGCAGUGAUGAACAGGGACCUGCCACUUCUCUGUCCUCCUUGCUGGGCGAGGACGACUCUGCUGCAGAGCGCCCUCUGGUGGAGAGUCUCCUGCCUCUCCUCCAGGCCUACAGCAAAGAUCCACACCCCAGCAAGGAGGAGCUGUCUCGGAUAGCGGAGUCGGUCAGUCUGCCUCUGGAUGUGGUCAGUAGGUGGUUCCAGCGAAUGCGCUCCAAGAAGAUUUCACUCCGAUCGCCCAGUCCUGACAAAAGCACCCAGCAGACCAAUGAAGACACUCCAUCAGAUCAGAGUACUGAACCCCAGCCCCGUACAUCUAACACGCCAAGAGAUCAGAGUACUGAACCCCAGCCCCCAAGCCCCAGCACUCCAGCUAAAUCCCACAAUGAUGCCCCAGAUAUCCAGAGCAGUGACCCCUCGUCCCCUCUCAACCUGUCCACGAACGACCUCGUCAUCGUAAAGUCUGAGGACUCAGAGGAGGACAGCCAAGUUGAACCCCUGGAUCUGUCACUCCCAAAGCCCUCCUCCGACCCAGCCUCAAUUACCAUGGCGACGUCUGCCACUAAGCCAUCGCUCCCAGCCCAGGAGGAGCCUCUCAACCUCACCUGCCUCAGGAAGGACUUGUUGCCUGGCAACACUGUGUAUGUGACCCAGGCAGCCGCAGCAGGUCCGAUAAGCCUUGUAGCGACGCCACUACCCACGCUGCUGGCCAUCGCCGAACCGGGCGGAGUUCCCUGCCUCCGCGCCGCCCUCUCCACCCACAAGCGCACCAUCCUCAUUCCACAGCUAUCCUACACCUUUGCCAGCCCCUCCUCCAGCAGUACAGCCAAUACCUCCCCUCCUGCCCUCUCAGAGACUAAUGGCACAGUCCUGCUCAACGGCUGUCAGAAGGAGGAGACGGAUGCAGUGGAGAGCAUGUCAGGGUGGGAGGGGCUAAAUGAUAAUGACCACUCCCCCAACAGGAAGCGGAGGAAGACACAGGGAGGCCAAUAUGCUUGUGAUCUGUGUGACAAAAUCUUUCAGAAGAGCAGCUCUCUGCUCCGCCACAAAUACGAACACACAGGCAAGCGGCCGCAUGAGUGCGGGAUCUGUAAGAAGGCCUUCAAGCACAAGCACCACCUGAUUGAGCACACGCGCCUGCACUCGGGUGAGAAGCCCUACCAGUGCGACAAGUGCGGCAAGCGCUUCUCCCACUCUGGCUCCUACUCCCAGCACAUGAACCACCGCUACUCCUACUGCAGGAAGGAGGCCGAGCCAGCCAACAAGGCAUCCACCCCUCCCUCGCAGGCUGACUCCGAGGAAAGGGAGAGUGAGGAGGAGGAGGAGGAGGAGGAGGAGGAGGAUGGAGAGAGAGAUGGAGAGGAGGAUAUAGAUUUAGCUGGCUUUGACAUGAGCGACAUUAGGGUGGUGAGGGUUGGAGAAGAGUAUGACGAUGAAGAGUAUGACAAUGAAGGAGAGGAGAGAGUGAUGAUAGAGGAAGAGGAGGAAGUCCAAACUAUGAACGAAGGAGUGGUGGAAAUCGUGGAGUUGGAGGACAUGACAGAUAAAAAGAAAGGAGAAGAAUCCAGGCAGGUGGAGAAAUAGUGAAAAAAGGA